AUGACCGACCCAACCUCACCCAGUCCCUAUACAGAGAACAAGCGAUUCGAACCUAAGGUCAAGGUCGACCUGAGCGCCCCCAAGGACGACCUGAUCUCGCUAGAAGAGUUGGCCCAAUGUGACGGAACAAAUCCGGAUAAGCCGACCUGGGUGGCGAUCAAGGGCACCGUCUUCGACGUGUCCAAAAACCCUGCGUAUGCCGAGAAGGGCCAAUAUCACGUGUUUGCCGGAAAGGAUCCUUCUCGCGCCCUCGCCUUAUCCAGCCUGAAACCCGAAGAUUGCGUGCCGGAUUGGCAUGAUCUCGACGGCAAAUACAAGACGGUGCUGGAUGAGUGGUAUACCUUCUUCAGCAAGCGGUAUAACAUCGUGGGAAAGGUCAGUGCAGUGUCUUGA